AUGCAAUUGGAGGCAGGUCGCAUCCACCUUAAAUAGAAGAGCGAAAGGCAACACACAACAAACGCUGCAAACGUGUCACCUAUCGCUCGCCAGCGCACCACCAGAGAGGGAGCUCUGUCUUGCAGUCUGUCUCGCAACUGGCUCUCGGCUCUGACAAGUUCCUUUCUCCCAGCCCCGGCUCCGAUCGUUCCGUUCUCCAGCUUCUCCACAGCAACAUGGAGACCACCAAACUCCCACAGACUGCUGCUGACACCUUCAAGGCCUCGGACCUGGAUAUUGAGUUGGUUCAAAGUGUGGCGGAGAAGCCGGAUGUGAAGCACCUGGCGUUUGGCACGGUGUUCACUGACCACAUGCUCGUCAUUCACUGGACGUUGGCAGGAGGCUGGGAGAGACCACGCAUCCAGCCGCUGCAGAACCUCUCGCUGCAUCCCGCCACCUCCGCCCUCCAUUACUCAGUGGAGCUCUUCGAGGGAUUAAAAGCGUAUCGAGGAGUGGACAGCAAGAUACGGCUGUUUCGACCCAUGCUGAACAUGGACCGGAUGCUGAGAUCUACCAUCAGGGUGGCUUUACCAACUUUUGAUCGGGCCGAGCUGUUGGAAUGCAUCAAAAAGCUGGUGGAGGUGGACAAAGAGUGGGUGCCGUACAGCACCGAGGGAAGCCUCUACAUUCGUCCAACGUUUAUUGGGACAGAGGCUUCCCUGGGCCUGAAGCAGUCGACCAAAGCCAUGCUCUACGUCAUCCUGAGCCCAGUCGGACCGUACUUCAGCACGGGCAUGUUCAAUGCCGUGUCCCUCUGGGCCAACCCAGAGUACGUUCGUGCCUGGAGGGGAGGAACUGGAGACUGCAAACUCGGCGGGAAUUAUGGAGCCUCACUAUAUGCGCAAUCUCAAGCUCAGAAUGUUGGCUGUCAGCAGGUCCUGUGGCUCUACGAAGAUGAUGAGAAGAUAACAGAGGCAGGAACAAUGAAUCUGUUCCUUUACUGGAUAAACGAGCAAGGAGAGGAAGAGCUCGUGACAGCACCACUGGACGGCAUCGUUUUACCCGGCGUUACGCGGCAAAGCAUUGUCGACUUGGCACGCGAGUGGAAGAAGUUCAAAGUUGAAGAGCGCCCAGUGACAAUGGCCCAGCUGGUCAAAGGUCUGAAGGAAAACCGGGUCAAGGAACUCUUCGGAUCGGGAACGGCCUGCGUCGUGUGUCCGGUGGGUCGGAUCUUGUACAAGGGAGAGAACUUGCAAAUUCCAGUCUUGGAAAACGGACAUAAGUUGGCAAAACAGCUCAUGGAUAGCCUUACUGAUAUCCAGUACGGGCGUAAAGCGAGUGACUGGACCUGCCAGGUGGCAUGAAGCUGGACGCCUCAUCACGAGCAGUCCGACUGAAGGCCCGGGCGGUCGAGCGGGUGCAAUGCCUCAAAGUAACAACGACUCCUCUUCAACGUCAUUGGGCGCAGAGCGAAGGGUCUCUGGUCUUCUGCCAGCAGUAGAAUAAAGCACAAAUCAUCUUGUAA